AUGCAGCGCCAGAACCCGUCGGGUUCAGGGCAAGAGGAGCCCAGCAGAUCUUUUCAGGGAAAUUUUGCCACGGCCGUGGUGGUGAGAAGCGAAGGCAAUACGGUACACCCAUCGCUCAGCAAGGAGCGGAGCGACGGUCGUACAGACGGGACCGCAAAGGGGGGAAGCCAUCAGAAAGAACCGUCGGGGCACGCCGUUCCACCUGCGAUAGAGUCAAUGGAGAACCGUUUCCACGAUUCAGCCGACAACUGUGAGACGAAGCCGUUAGAAUUUUCGAAAACUAAAAAAAAAAAAACAGCCUCUCCGGCGGCGGGUACUGCCUCUCCACCCAGGCAUGCACUUCUGGCACCGUCUUUCUCCAUUAUGGAGGACACCAAGGGCAGCACUGAUGUGACCCCUCCUCCGGAUAUCCCCCCAUCGGAAGGAGACCCCCGGGGCGACGGCGGCUCGCCCUUGACGGCGAGGUCUGCGUCAUCGCUUGGCCGGCUUAUCCCUGAGCGCACGGCUAGGUACGUCUUGCAGCAGGAAUCCUUCCACGCCGACGUUCCUGACGGCUACAUUGAUCUGGCCUCGCCCGUCCGAAAACUAGGAAGGGCAGAGAGAGAAGCCGCCCGAGGACAACCCGCCGACCGUUGUAGUCACUGGGCCGUGGUGGCAGGGCCGAACAAGACGCAACGCCAGACAGAAGGGACUCCGCCGACGGGCUACCUGUCGUUAACCCCUUCAGAGGUCGUCUGGAGAAGCAGCAGCAGCGAUUGCGGGCGAAAGGGCGACCGCGAGGAGGAAUACGCUGGCCGCACGGAGCGAAGGCCGCGAGCUUCUUCGAACCCAGUGCCCAUCGGUGACGACCUAGGGUCUUCAGGACAAACGAAAGGAAGGGGGGGGCAGGAACAAAAGCUCGAUGAGCUGUGCCUGCCGACGCGCUGGACACCGAUCGAAGCGUGUUCUUUGGCAGAAGAGGACGGGAAGGCUCGCUUGGACCAAAACGAGCGGCGACACGAGCGAGGGGCUACGCGGGCGCUCUCUCAAGUCCGUUCCGAAUCUGUGCUACGUGGUAGCCCGAGAGAGCCGAUCGGAAAUCUGGAGGGCGAUGGGGGGGUCGGCGGAGACCUGAUGCUCUUCCGGACCGACGUGUCGCGGCAUCUCGACAGCGGGGAGCAGCCCGCUCUGUUCUUUCUCAGGCCGAGCGAGAGCCUGUCCGUGACGCGCAUCGAGGGCACCGGUCGGCUCCUGGUGACGCUGAGGGAAGAGGCAGGCUCGGCUGCGGCCGUCGUGAUAGACGGUGCCACCGUGCAUGAUAGCGCGGCACACUUCGGGCACGAGGCCAUCCAGACGGAUCACCGCUUUCCCUACGUGGCCGGCCACCGCUACGAGUUCCAAGUUGCGCCGGCUCAGGGAGUUGAGCUCGCCGUCCGCGGAGGAGGCGGGGGGGAAGGCCGGCAGGGAGCGGAGGCUUCCCAGGGGCGUGCGGCAAACAAGUCGUCAGGCUUGCACGUCGUUUUCUCCGUAAUGUCGGCGUACAGCAAAGGGGCUAGAGUGUGCCAAAAGGACGCGAUGCGCUUGUCCCUGCGGACGUUCGAGGCGCCGGCGGCCAACGGCUCCCGGCAGCCGACAAAACCCAAAUCCCCCCCAACAGCAAUGACAAAUGAUCCUCCUACUUCUUCAACCUUAGCCGCUGCUGCUACUGCUACUGCGGACGAAGGCAUUUCGGCUCCGCGACGUCCUUCGUUGAAAGAACAGGAUCAUGCCGGCGACCAACGAAGAACCCCUUCUCCCAGCGUAGCUGCGGCGCUUCUUGCCCCCUGUCUUUCCCCCCCGCCGGAGGUGAAACAUAAUCACCUGAUCGGUACCGCGCCGAGAGAUGAACCCUCUGCGCCCACAGCUGGAGUUCAGCCGCCAGCGGCGGCGCCUAAGACCCCGCAGCCAAGCUCCUCGACUAGGACAGCAGCAGCAGCAGCAGCAGCAGCUGAGGGUGGAGGUGUUCGGGGGGGUGUGCGGGGCGGACCCGUGCAAAGCGCCGAGACGACGGGUGGAAAUCAGUGGGCGGGGGCGGCAGCGAGAGGCCAGCGCCAACCGGGGUCCGGAGGUGACCCCGCCAGCGCUCCCUACGUGAUGGUGUCAGGCCGACCGCCUCCGAGCGGCAUGGAGGGCGCGACCUACCCCUCCGCAGAGCGACUGAGAUGGAACCCCGCGUGGGAGCAACAACGCCUUCUGCCCCCGUCCCCGUCGGCGCCGGCUGAGAUGCUUCCGCGGAGUCAUGCGCCGAGCCUCCCCCACAUUCGGCGGCACGUGGACAGCAGUAGUAGCAGUGCCUCACCGCGAUCAACCUUCGGGCAGCUGGAACCUUCGGGGGUGGCAAGGAGCCACCACGUGCCUCGGGACCCAGCUAUCGGUGCACCGCACCGGUAUGUUCUCCCGCCAGGCUACCGUGCCCGCGAACACCCGGUCCAGAGCAAACGGUACGUCGGUGCGGAGGACGAGCCAGGCAGUAAGGCCGCGCGCCACUACUACCAGCCUGCCCACGAGGAGCGGCACCACGGAGCCCCUCGGUACCACCAUCACCGUUACGUCAACGAUGGGCAGAGAGACGUGGCCUCGCCGGGACACCAGGCCGGCGAAGGGGUUCGCGAACUGGAGUGGGACAGAGGUCGACGGCACGCGAGCGGUAGGGGCUACCGCGUUUUGCCAGAGCAAGCCCGGGCGAACAGUGGGGGCCGGCGUCCUAGUCGACGGGGGGACGAGGGGGAGGAUGGCGAGGAUUGGACCAGAAAUGGUAGGCCCGGUCUUGCGAGGAGAUCUGCACCACAGGAAGAUCCCCUCGCCGCCGGCGGUGGGGACCGGUACGGUUCUCAAGCCGCCACUGGGGGAGGCCACAACGGGGAGGAGUACCCCCGACCCUACCGGUUUCACCACGCCAGUAGAAAACACAAGGCCUCGCCUCAGUCCGACGACAACAAUAGCGGCGGAUACAAGCACGGCGGCGGUUGCCUCCCUCCUUCGGGAAUGGCUCGCUGGGAGCCGAAAAAGACGGUGGGGGCUGCCGUGUCCCCAGACACAUCGCGGCGGCGUACGGUGGUUGCGGCAGGUGUUGCGAUGGGUAGGAGGCCGGCGGGAGAACAGUCCGCUUUUGAGUUGACGGAAGAGGAAGCGUAUCACAUCCGCAACAACGGAGGAGGCUAUGUGGAGUCGUUGAUCGCGGAUAAGGUCCGUCGCAAUCGAGACCUGAACGAGGAUGGGUGGAGGGGGUAAACACCAGGGCUUUUUUCUUCUUUUUAUUUCUUUUCAUGCCCCACCUUCCUCCUGCGGUGCGUGCUGAAUUUUAUUUUUAUCGCGAGAAGGGUCCAGCCGUCCCUUUCCCUCGUCAACGGUGCUAACGUCGAAGUUUGGUACUCACGAGAGCUUUUUAGCUAUAUUUCGCUUUCACCCGCAAAUUUCGUAAAUUUUUCACCCCAUGGGG